AUGCGCCCUGCAGCCACUUGCUUACUUACAACUGCGGCCUCACCGUACCUCGGCACAGCAUGUCGUAGGAUGCUUCUUUUCUCAGCUGGUAGGAGUUUGCAUCUCUCCCCUAAGCGACUCAGCGGAUCGGGCUCCUUGUUUUCUGACAACGCUUUUGAAAGGGAGGAGGAGGAAUCGCUCCCUCAUCAGAAACAACGGACUGAGGACAAUAUGACUGCUGUCCUGUCUCUCUUGCGUGACACCGUUCCACUCACUGGUUCCGAUGAUGUCAAGGAAUUACUGAAGGGGUGUAAAAAUGCGAAGGAGGUGCGUCACAUUUUGGAAACGGUUGUGUAUCGUAACCCACUGUGUUACGAUGUUUUGAAUGGCCACGGUUAUCGCGUAGCGGUGUUACAGGCGUUGACUGCCGGUGCACCCCGCACGCAGUGUUUACAUGAGUGGUUUGAAUGUGUGGAUAGGUUCCGUCGUUUAGGGUUUCUGCUGACAAGGACGUUCGCAGCUGAGGGGUUCACGCUAAUAAAGCAAUGGCUCUCGAGUCAUUUUCAAACAGAAGGACGCUCACCUUUGCUUGUGACGGAGGGCAUAUCACACAUACGUGAACUUGUUCGCAUAUGCAGGGAGGACCGCCUUGUCUUUGACCACGUUUUGUACACUCGUAUAGUGUUUCUUCUCACCAUGAUUGUGAGUUUCUUUGACCGCCAGAACAUUUACCGGUCAGUUUUCCCCGAGAACUUCUCCAAGCGUGAUGGUGUGGUCGUGGAGUGGGUGAUAACCAGUGAGAGAUGUGUAGACUUUGAUGAGUGUGUGUUGCAGUGUGAUGCCGUUGUGGAAGAACUUCUAGAGAUGCUAUCCGAGGAUAUUCCCUCGCAUCCAAAUUUCAGCGUGAUGUAUCGAUUGAUUGACUACUACUUCGCAGCAGACAAUGUCGAAAAAAUGAUAGCCGUUAUGGAGGAUGCCGAGGGGUACGGAAUCGGAAUUGCCGAAAGCAGUACAGCGAAACUUAUGCAGCUCGCCUGCGCACUUAACUACCCGAACGUCCCCGAGUUAUUUAUGCGCUGGCGAGCAUCACUCCCUCAGUGUGUCAUUGCGACCCCAGACAUGAGCCGGUUGAUGUUUUAUUAUUCGAGGUCUGGGGGUGGCAGGCCGUGCCCAGUCUGCGGCGAACCGUAUAACCAUCGAAACGUUAAUGUUUACGUGUGGCAGCAAACACCUGAUCAUCAGCGCAACUGCCCUGCAUUGAUGGAUGCUAGGCGGCGUAAAGGUGAGCUGGAUGAAAACACUGCGCUCCCACAGAAUCAAGACUGGAGUGAGGUGGCGUUCAACUUAUGGAACAUGUCCCAAGGUCGGUCUAUUGAAUGGGGUGCGGUGGAGUGGCGCGGUUUCUUGCUGUGUUGUAUGUACUCUCCUCGGGCGCUUGAGGCACGGCGCCUUCUGGACGAGCACUACGACCAUUCUAGGAUGGAUGACUUCCUCCGCGCCACUUACAUGCGUUUGCUCCGUCACCAGUUACCAGAAGAUGUAGCCGCAACACUGAGAGGCUGGAAGAAAAAGGAACAGCGUGUCUCGCCUAUCGUGCUGCAGGAGUCACUUAUUGGGGCCGCCAUGGCUGAAGAACCAGAUACUCGCAUGUCAGCUUUGCGUGAGGUGUGGGCUACACUGCUUGAGAAGGACAGCUAUGUGAUGCCUUUUACGAGGCGUCGACUACAGCAGCGACUGGAUGAACUGCGCUCCCGGACACCCGGUCCCACUGUAGAAGAGAUUACGCUGUUGGAGGAGAUGAUUAAUAUGCAGCCACGUCACCUCUCAUUGUUGGACAUGAAGGACAGCCCGGCAGAUUUUGUCGUGGGAACGUCGAAGAAGAACGUCUUCACCCCUCCUGCAAGCGGUUCCCGCGCGGAAGUGAGGCUUCCAGAGCGGCGCCGCGGGCGUAAGGAGAUGGGAUAG